CCGAAAGCGCAAGAAACCAGGAACACCCACCUCCAUUUCAGAACAUUUUCUGUAUUGAUACAACGAAAUCUCGUAUUCCAGUUUGGUGAUAUUGCUUGAAAUCUAGAUCAUCUAGUAAAACAAGUUCGAUUUCCUAGGUCUCUUCCAAUGGCGACAAUGGAGGUCGACACCCAACAAGCGACGUCGGCGUCGUUAGAUACUUGUUCGGCGAAACAGGCAACGAAACAAGGUGAGGGUCUGAGGCAGUACUAUCUACAACAUAUUCACGAGCUCCAGCUACAGGUCCGUCAAAAGACCCAUAAUCUGAAUCGUCUUGAAGCUCAGCGGAACGAGCUGAAUUCGAAAGUACGCAUGCUCCGGGAAGAGCUGCAGCUGCUUCAAGAGCCAGGAUCUUAUGUUGGUGAAGUUGUUAAAGUCAUGGGAAAGAACAAAGUUUUAGUUAAGGUUCACCCAGAAGGGAAAUAUGUUGUUGAUAUCGACAAAAGUAUCGAUAUCACUAAAAUCACACCUUCAACUCGAGUUGCUCUCCGUAAUGACAGCUAUGUUCUUCAUUUAGUCUUGCCCAGCAAAGUAGAUCCACUUGUUAAUCUCAUGAAAGUUGAAAAGGUUCCUGAUUCAACUUAUGAUAUGAUUGGUGGUCUCGACCAGCAAAUAAAAGAAAUAAAAGAGGUUAUUGAACUCCCCAUUAAGCAUCCUGAACUUUUUGAGAGUCUUGGAAUAGCUCAACCAAAGGGUGUCUUGCUAUAUGGACCACCUGGUACGGGGAAGACACUGCUGGCUAGAGCAGUAGCUCACCAUACAGAUUGUACUUUCAUCAGGGUUUCUGGGUCUGAGUUGGUCCAGAAAUAUAUUGGAGAAGGUUCUAGAAUGGUCAGAGAGCUUUUCGUCAUGGCCAGGGAGCAUGCACCUUCUAUCAUUUUCAUGGAUGAAAUCGAUAGUAUUGGGUCUGCUAGAAUGGAAUCUGGGAGUGGUAAUGGUGAUAGUGAGGUGCAGCGUACUAUGUUGGAACUUCUUAACCAGCUUGAUGGAUUUGAAGCAUCAAAUAAGAUCAAGGUCUUGAUGGCCACCAAUAGGAUUGAUAUUCUGGAUCAAGCUCUCCUAAGGCCAGGACGAAUUGACCGGAAGAUUGAAUUCCCAAAUCCUAACGAGGAUUCCCGCUUUGAUAUCUUGAAAAUACAUUCACGGAAAAUGAAUUUGAUGCGUGGGAUUGAUUUGAAGAAAAUUGCUGAGAAGAUGAAUGGAGCAUCUGGUGCAGAGCUCAAGGCCGUGUGUACAGAAGCAGGGAUGUUUGCUUUGAGGGAAAGAAGGGUUCACGUGACUCAGGAAGACUUUGAGAUGGCUGUUGCCAAGGUGAUGAAGAAGGAAUCAGAGAAGAACAUGUCGUUACGAAAGCUUUGGAAGUAGAAUGUAUAUGAAGCGGCCAAGGCAUGGCAAAUUCCGAAUAUUGCUUAUUUUAUUCUUGAAUCUGUCUCCUCACCCGGGCUGUGCUUAAAGAUUUGUUGAACUCAGUUUAUCUACCUUGAAUGAUGUUUUCUAGUAGUCAACUCGUUUAUCUUCACAUGGAUCUUGUAACUUAAAGCCUUCUCAUGCCGCAUUUCUUUUGCCAUCUUCUCCAGAUGUAUUGACAAGUUGAUGGUAGCUGGUAAGGAUUAAGGAAUCAUCAAUUGGAAAUUAUUUACUUGUUCCCAUUCUGGCCAUUGAAAUUUGACAUUCUUUAAGUGAAGCA